AUGGAGAAACCAGGGAUGAUAGAAGAAGGCCCAUGGGCUAAUUAUUUCCAAACGUUUGGUUUGAUUCGCCGCCGCUUCACCUCCUUUAACCACCGAUCGACACUCCCCUCCGCCUCUAAGAAACUCCUCUUCCUCAGAAACCCCACUCCCAGCCCCACGAUCGUCGCCGUCCGGUGCCAGAACACUUACUCCGACGGCUCAACGGAACACACGAACCAUGCCUCUUCUGCUUCGUCCUCCAUCGAUUUCCUAAACCCUUUGCCAUCGCCUCAAGGUGUGUGUGUGAGAAAAGGAUGGAUCAAUCAGGAGAUCAACGGACCUGAACCGAUCGCUGAUCACAUGUACCAUAUGUCUCUUAUGGCUCUCAUUGCUGCUGAUCUUACUGGAGUUGACCGAGAAAGGUGUAUCAAAAUGGCAAUUGUGCAUGACAUCGCUGAAGUGAAUGGUGGUGAUUUGGAUAUUUACUCCAUUACUACGAUGGAUGGUUCUUGUUCUUGCUCGGAUGGUGAACUCUUGGAGCAGAUACGCACCGUUUCUAGGCAAAAAGGAGAGCUUCAGCAGCAGGAGGUUGAGCUACGAGCUCAGAUGAUGGCCAUGGAGAUUCAGAGAGGCUUUGAGUCUAGCGACCUAGCAAAUCUAGAAACGAGGAAUGUGCCUGAAAGCUCGGGUGAAGCAGUGUCUUCCUUGUCCGUGCCAUCUUCUGAUUUGGCUUCCAAGUGGUAUAAUUUUUAGAAAAAUCUCAUUGCUUUCUGUGUCAUCGCUUUCUUGUUCAAGGUAUACAUACACACUUGUGAAAUCUAUCACUCUUCUUUUUGGAUGGCCUUUAAUGGACCUGUGUUUUGGAUGUGAUUCUUCUUUUUAUUCCUAAGGAUUCAAAUAUAAAAAACACCAUUGGACA